GAAGCAGAGCAGGAGGAAGCACAGCGCCGACGGUGCGUUGCUCAGGCGCUUCAUGGCUUCAUCCAGCUAAGCGACCUAGAGGGCGUGGUACAGUUCACGCCAAAUCAGUUCGACUGGCAGCAGCUCUACGGACAGCCUCCGCUUUUGCAUUUUGCAAUUAUCAAAGGCUUAAAGAAAAAGAGGGACCAGCAAGAGAAUCAUGUCAGAAUUGUCACUUUCAUGCUGAGGACAGGAGCAGAUCCGCAUCAUCCCACAACUUACAAGAAGCCGCUCUCUGAGGGGUUUGGGACACCAUUCUCAUGCUAUGGCCAUUCUGCCGUUUCGUUUGCGGUUGCCCUUAUGACGCAUUCCAAAAUCCGCGAUGACGACAUCAUAACCACAUACAUUAAGCGCGUGCUGUUGAUCAUUUAUAGAAGCCGGUCUGAGGCCGUGAUACGGUCAGUGGAUUCAGGCCUUAUCGACAACUGGAGUCGGAUGCGUCAUAUGAUUGAAACGCACAAUCUUAGUUUCGAGACGGAAGAAGGCAAUGUCACUUGCCAUGACAUUGUGUUGAUGGCGGCUUCCCCGGUUCUGAAAGCCAUGUGCACAUCCGCAAUGCAGGAAGGCAUCCACAAGCGAAUUCGAGUAGAGAAGUCCGCUGCUGCAGUGUCGCUGUUCCUAGACAUUUUGUACACCGGUUCUGCCCGCAACGAUGCCGAUUACAAGACGAUGUUGGAGGCUCUGGACUUGUCCCAUGAAUGGGAUGUGGUUAAUCUCGUCCAAGUCCUGUCAGACAUGCUGCGACAUCAACUGACCGAAGAGUCCUUCAUAGCCAUUGCAAACGCUGCCGUGUUCCAGGGCUCCGAGGCACUGAAACGGCAUUGCGCUGCUUUUGCAGGAAGGAGUGCGAAGGUGCAAACAGCAGAAUUGUCACCCGCAGCAUUGGAUAUGUGCUGUCUCCUAGAUUCCUAG